AUGAAAUACCGCCUCUCAGCGGUGAGUUUUCAGAGGCUGAAACAGAUAACAAUAUGGCAGGUUCUCACUACCCACUCGCCCCCUCAGGAGGUGUGGGCACCCAACGAAGGGCUUCUGAAGAUGACCGUAGUGAUGGGGCAGGGUUACAUGAAGCCCUUGAAGCAGCCUGAAAACUCCGUCCUCUGCGACCCAUCCUUAGUUGACGAGAUCUUCGAUCAGAUCCCUGAGCUGCUGGAACAUCACGAGGAGUUUUUGGAGCAGAUCAGCGAAUGCGUGCAGAACUGGCACGAGAAGCAGAAAGUGGGAGACAUCCUGGUACAGUCUUUUUCCAAGGAAAUCCUCGUGAACAUUUACUCCGCCUACAUUGACAACUUCCUCAAUGCGAAAGAUGCGGUGAGGAUCGCCAAAGAAGCCAGGCCGGCGUUCAUGAAGUUUCUGGAGCAAAACAUGCGAGAGAACAGGGAGAAGCAAGCGCUCUCGGACCUACUGAUCAAGCCGGUGCAGCGGAUCCCGCGCUAUGAGCUUCUGGUCAAGGACCUCCUGAAGCACACUCCGGAGGAACACCCCGAUCACCCGUUCUUGAUAGAAGCCCAACGGAGCAUCAAGCAAGUUGCCGAAAGUAUCAACAAGGGCAUGAGGAGCGCCGAGGAGGUGGAACGGAACGCCCGGAUCGUCCAGGAGAUUGAGUCGCACAUAGAAGGAAUGGAAGAUCUCCAGGCCCCGCUGCGGAGGUUCCUACGCCAAGAGAUGGUGGUGGAAAUGAAAGCCAUAGGUGGCAAGAAGGACCGCUCUCUGUUCCUGUUCACGGACCUCUUGGUUUGCACCACACUGAAGCGGAAGUCGGGGUCCCUGCGGCGAAGUUCCAUGAGCCUCUACACGGCAGCCAGCGUGAUCGACACCACCAGCAAGUACAAAUUGCUCUGGAAGAUGCCGUUGGAAGAUGUGGACAUUGUGAAAGGGGCCGCUCAGUCCACCAACCGCGAGAGUAUACAGAAGGCCAUCUGCCGCCUGGAUGAGGACCUCAGCACCCUCGGCCAAGUCAGCAAACUGUCGGAGACUCUCAGCUUUCCCCAUCAGACCCUGGACGACGUAAUCAAGGACCUGAUGGCGGCCAUCCACCGGGAGCUGGCCGAGAAGCAGUCGCUGUCCUUCACCAUGUCUUUCCCACCCAACAAAAUGGAGCUCACCACCUCCAAGGCCGAUGGCAACGAGUCAUACAUCUUCGAGUUUCCUAACCCCGACGCACGCCAGAGCUUCGAGCAAGCCUUUGAGGACACCAAGAAGAAGCUAGCUUCCAACAAAAAUUCCCUGGAUCCUGAGUUCCUGAAGGCGAUCCCCAUCAUGAAAACAAGGAGUGGGAUGCAGUUCUCCUGCGCCUCUCCCAGCCACAGCAGCCCGGAGAACGCCUACGAGGUGUGGGUAUGCAACAGUGACGGCUAUGUCGGGCAGGUCUGCCUCCUCAGCAUCAGGAAAGAGCCCAUUGUGGAAGCCUGCAUCGCUGUCUGCUCGGCCCGCAUCUUGUGCAUCGCCUCUGUGCCCGGCCUGAAGAGGACGUUCAGUGUGGAAGCAGGAAAACGCAACAUGAGAUGGUUUGACUCAGUGAAGGAAUUUAAGGCCCCCGUUUGCAAGAGGUGGGCAGACAGCGAGAAAAAAGAAAAGGCGCAGAUGUCUUUUCUUUUGCAAACCUUUCCAGCCCCCUCUCCUCUUGGCUACGCGGCCGAUGUCUCCAGGGAAAGGACCAGCAAGUUUGGGACUGCCAUGCUGGAUCAGACCAAGAUGCAUCAAAUCCCGCAGUCUGUUCACAUCACGGACAGCCAGGUGCUUUUAGGAAACCCGCAAGCAAGAUGGAAGCAACAGCAUUAUCCUUCCUGA